GCGGGGGGCGGAGGGUGGCUCCGGGCCCACACUUUUCCCCCCUGUCGCCGGGACAGCGCGGCGGGCAUGGCAGAGAUGCGGCCGGGGCCAGUGGUUGGGAAACAGCUCAACGAACUUCCCGACCACUCGCCGCUGGUCCAGCCCGGCCUGGCCGAGCUGAGGCGCCGGGCGCAGGAGGCUGGCGUCCCGCAGACCCCGCAGCCGCUCACAGACGCUUUCCUGCUGCGCUUUCUGCGCGCCCGGGAUUUCGACCUGGACCUGGCCUGGCGCUUAAUGAAAAACUAUUAUAAAUGGCGAACAGAAUGUCCAGAAUUAAGUGCAGAUCUACACCCUAGAAGUAUCCUUGGACUUCUGAAGGCUGGCUACCAUGGCGUGCUCAGGUCCAGGGAUUCUACUGGCAGUAGAGUUCUCAUUUACAGAAUUGCAUAUUGGGACCCAAAAGUUUUUACAGCCUAUGAUGUAUUUCGUGUAAGUCUGAUCACAUCAGAACUCAUUGUACAGGAGGCAGAAACUCAGCGGAAUGGAGUCAAGGCUAUCUUUGACCUGGAGGGCUGGCAGAUUUCUCAUGCUUUCCAAAUUACUCCAUCUGUAGCCAAGAAGAUUGCUGCUGUACUUACAGAUUCCUUUCCAUUGAAAGUUCGUGGGAUCCAUUUGAUAAAUGAGCCAGUCAUUUUCCAUGCUGUCUUUUCCAUGAUCAAACCAUUUCUGACUGAAAAGAUUAAGGACCGGAUACAUCUGCACGGGAACAAUUAUAAAUCAAGCAUACUUCAGCAUUUCCCAGACAUUCUUCCCCUGGAAUACGGUGGUAAGGAGUUCUCCAUGGAAGACAUCUGUCAGGAGUGGACAAAUUUUAUAAUGAAGUCUGAAGAUUAUCUCAGCAGCAUUUCUGAGAAGAUCCAAUGAGAAGUUAUUUCCUGUGACUUCAUUUAAAAUGCAAGGAUGGGAUCCUAUCUGGUUACUAAACUCAAGCAAACCUUCUAAACUAAUUGAUGCCUAUCUGAUCUUUAAUCACGCAACAUGGAUAUUUGGGGAAUGUCUUAACUUCUACAGUGCUCUGCUCCUUUUAAGCUAAUUAAAUGUUAGGAAAGAAGAUAUUCCUGUUUGCACAUGAAGAGCAAACAUAGCUACAUCUAAAGUAGCUAGCUGUUCCUGUUCCAGUGUAUCUUUGUAUAGUUUAGGAAAAUUUUUCCAGUUUUUUUUUUUAGAUAUAUCCUCUAUUUACAUUUCAAAUGUCCCCUUUUCUGCCCCCCCCCCAGUCCCCUAACCCAUCCCCCUCCCCCUUAAUCACAUUGUUUAAUACUAAACUGAUGACUAUCUACUGGAAAGAAAUACUGUAUGUGUCAACUGAUGGUGAAACAAUAUUGAUGCUGAGAUAAGGUUGGUGUCAGCUCAUAAAUCAGACUAUACUCUGAAUACAAUUUAAUCAGGAUAGUUAAUCUCAGGUAAAUCCUACUUUAACAUAUGCACAAUAGAAGUCUUUGAAUGUAAGUAUACAUACUAUAAUGUUGUAAUCAAUGAAAUCAUGAUGUUUGAUAAAAAUGAUUUAAAACAAGAAAAUUUUCUGGGGACAGUUGAUGGUUUCUAAUUCUGUCUUGUAUUUUCAAAUAAGUAAAUAUACUUAUGGCUUCUGUUUAUAGACAAGGAAGUAGAGGUAUAUGUCUUUUACAUAGACUUUUAUACUUGAAAACUUAACAGAACUAUAUAAAUGAAUGGUGUUUACAUUUUAAAUCCAACAGUUAUACCUAGUACUUUUGAGAUUAUUCAUAAAAUAAUUUGAUUUUAUUUUGAGAUAAUUUACUAUUAUCUCAGAAUAUUCUGAGUCCCACGAUUCAUGUUUAAUCAGUCAGUAGCUGGGAUGUGCUGUCUCUACCACAGCGCAGUUCAUUUCUAAGACUUUCAUUCAUUAAGAAAGAUGUUAUCUCAUCCCAUAUUCAGCACAGCCUUCAAUGUCUGACAUAAUGUUUAUACUUAAUGUUUCUCAUUAAUUUCAUUUUAAACUGGAAAGAACACAAGGAAGAGAACUUAUUGAAUUUGUGGUCAAGUAGUUAGAUUUCUACAGUAAUUACAUAAGAGUAUCUUUGUUGAAGGAUAUUUUUCAUUGCACAAGGGUGUUUUCUUUAUAAGAAAAUAAGUCUAAUCAGAUAAGCUGAUACUUAUGAUUCUCUGUACAUAUACCUCUGACAAAACUGAAAGGAGGUGCAGAUGUUCUUUAGAGAACGUGUUUAAUUUUUAUUUAGCAACUAGACACUAACUUUAGUAUUUAAUUUUAUUUAAAAAUAUCUUGCUUUUUCUUUAAAAAGUCUUCUUUACUAAAUUAUGAAAUUGAAAUUGUGUAAAUAAGAAUAAUAGAAAAUCAAAGAAAUGAAGAGUAACAAAGUACCUCCAGCUUAUCAAACUUUUAAUCAUAGAAGGAAACUCUGAUGUCACACUCUUUACAUGUAGCUAUUAAGUUACUUGCCAUGACUCUGUGAAGGAAUGGUAUAUUACAAUAAAGGCUAAUGUUUUAAAAUGAAUCAAUGUAAGUACAUUCUGUGAUGGGGCUUUGAAAAUGUUUUCACAAUGAAGCAAUUCUACAAAGAGCAUUGAUGUGCAACUGAGUAAACUGUUUGGAAGGUGCUGAGCCAUUAACUGGAAUUUCCCACAUGGUCCACAGCACUGGUGCCGGAUGCAUAUUAUGAAAGUCAAAUUCCAUAGGUGCUCACUGUGCUGCUGGACUUCACAAUAAUUUGCUUUAU